GCAAGGCCGUGCGCGUAAUCUUCCUGCCACCACUUGUCUAGUGUUCCGUAGUUGUCGUUGAGAUCACUUUAUACCAAUCAAACCCUAUCAAUCAGGCGACGUCGACCUCAGGCGAGUAAUCUCGCAGACGAUUCCAACGUCAGGCUUCCUUAUCGAUUGUUGACUUAACCGAUAACACCCAGGAGUGCAUCAGUCUCAUUCCACUGCUCGGAGCCUCGGGGUGUCUGUACAAGUAAGCUGAGACGUUUGAGCCAUGCAAAGUCGGAUUAACAUCGACGAACCCCGGUGGGAUCAGAGCACGUACUUGGGACGUGCUCGCCAUUUCUUCACGGUCACCAAUCCCGGCAACCUGUUAUGUACGGGCCAGCAGCUGGAAGAAUCUCGUGACAUCGUUACCCGCUACCGCAAGGGUGAAGACAUUCCUGGCCUCACCGAAGAGAAGUUAUGGCACUCGAAGCACAUCUACGACUCUGCUUUCCAUCCGGACACCGGCGAGAAGGUCACACUUAUAGGCCGCAUGUCAGCGCAAGUACCGAUGAACAUGUCCAUCACCGGAUGCAUGCUAGCCUUCUACAAGACAACUCCGCAAGUGAUCUUUUGGCAGUGGAUUAACCAGUCAUUCAACGCGGUCGUCAACUACUCGAAUCGCAGCGGAGAUUCCCCGAUUCCCGUCUCUCAGUUAGGAAUAUCGUACGUGCUGGCCACGAGCGGAGCACUGGUGACAGCCCUCGGCCUCAACAGCCUGGUGAAGUCAGCACCUCCGCUUCUCGGCCGUUUCGUGCCCUUCUGUGCGGUUGCGGCGGCGAACUGCGUCAACGUCCCGAUGAUGCGGCUCCGGGAGCUCAGGUACGGUAUCCCCGUGUCCGACGAAAACGGCAACAAGGUUGGAGAAUCGAAGGUGGCAGCCAAGUGGGCCAUUGCGAUGGUGGUGCUCUCCAGGAUCGGCAUGGCUGCUCCUGGUAUGACGCUGCCCCCGCUGCUCAUGGACAGGCUGGAGAAGAAAGGCGUUCUGAAAAGGUAUCCCUGGAUCAACGCUCCGUUGCAAGUUGGGCUCUGCGGUCUGCUUUUGGCGUUUGCAACACCCAUGUGUUGUGCACUUUUCCCGCAAAAGAGCAGCAUCCCGGUCUCAUCUCUGGAGCCGGAGAUUCAGGAGGUUCUGAAGAAAUUGCCGAAGCCCCCGACUACGGUGUAUUAUAACAAGGGGCUGUGACAGGGCUUCGAUGCAUAGUAUUUUUCAUUUAAGUGCCGCGCUGAUCGUGAUAUACGUAUACGUGUAUACAAUGCGAAUAAUUAUAUAUGUAAGCAAGCGUGAACCAAAGCUUUUUACUGAGCGCCUUAACUCAUGUUGUACAUAAUUGCGGCACUGUGGAAUGUACAGCAGUUCAAUCCGUUCUAUGCACGGUGUGUGCAUAUCAGUGAUUCUAGCAAUAAAUAUUCUGUUUGCUACA